AUGACGCCGCCCUGCAAGAUCUUCAAGGCCGACGAGCUUGAAGACGCGGUUCAGCUAAACUUGGCACAAAGGAAGCGCAAGACGGCGGGCGGAAAAGAUAUCGAUCUAGCCCAGUGCCCACUAUUCAGCAUGGUGCAAUAUGAUUGCCAAAUUGAGCGGCCAGAUCUACCACACAGUCCAGUCCAGUGCUUCGAGGUACAAAGAUGGUUCAGGCGAUGUCAAGACAAGAAGGGCUCGUUUAUGGUUGAGACUACGAACUGGGAAGGCAAGGCCGAAAGAGAUGUGUCCAUUGCAUCGUCCUCUGCAGCUGCUGCAGCAGCAGAUUCCAGGAAAGUUGGGGACCAGAACAACGGUUGGAUGCAUUUGUGGAAAGAACGGGAACUAAGCCACGAUGGCCAGUACCGGGAACGUUGA